AUGGCGCGCAGCCUCCGGAGCUGGCUGGGCGGUUGCCUCCUGAUGUCAGCAUUAGGAAUGGUGCCACCUCCUGAAAAUGUCAGAAUGAAUUCAGUUAAUUUCAAAAAUAUUCUACGGUGGGAGUCACCUGCUUUUCCCAAGGGGAAUCUGACGUUUACAGCUCAGUACCAAAGUUACAUGAAAUUCCAAGAUACAUGCACGAGUAUUUUGUUGACAGAAUGCGAUUUCUCAAGUCUUUCCAAGUAUGGUGACCACACCUUGAGAGUCAGGGCUGAAUUUGCUGAUGAGAGUUCAGACUGGAUAAACAUCACCUUCUGUCCUGUGGAUGACACCAUUAUCGGACCUCCCAGAAUGCAAGUAGAAGCACUUGCUAAUUCUUUACAUAUGCGUUUCUUUGCCCCAAGAAUCGAGAAUGAACCUGAACCGUGGACCAUGAGGAACAUUUAUAACUCAUGGACUUAUCAUGUGCGGUAUUGGAAAAACGGCUCUGAUGAAAAGUUUUCAAUUUCUGGUCAGUAUGACUUCGAGUUCCUCCGAAAUCUUGAGUCACAGACAACUUACUGUGUCCAAGUUCGAGGGUUUCUUCCUGAUCGGAACAAAGCUGGAGAAUGGAGUGAGCCUGUCUGUGAGCAAACGGCCGUUGACGAAACCACCACGUCCUGGAUCGUGGCCAGCGGCGUCCUCGUGGCCUCUGUGUGCGCCACUGUCCUGCUGCUGCUCGGCUGCUUCUUCCUGCUGCGGUGCGGUUACAGGAAGGCCAGGCACGCCUUCCCCCCGAGGAAUUCUCUUCCGCAGCACCUGAAAGAGUUCAUGAGCCACCCUCAUCACAGCACUCUUCUCUUAUUCUCCUUCCCACUGUCUGAUGAGAAUGAAGUCUUUGACAAGCUGAGCGCCAUCACAGAAGUGUCUGAAAGCUGCAAGCCGAACCCUGGGGCCAGCUGCGGUCUCAGGACCUGA